AUGGAUUCAACUCAGAACCUUAAAAAAUUCUCAGAUGAACAAAUAAAGAAUUUAGUUAACAACCUGUCUAAAUGUAAACUUGAAUAUACAAACUGGAAAGAAGAGUGUAAGAAACUAGAGGAAACAAAAAAGAAGUUAGAAAUUGAAUUGAAAGAGGCAGUUGAACUUGAGAAGUCCCAUCGCUACCAUUUGCUAACUUCUCGAGAGAUGAUAGGUAACCUGCAAGACACGGUGACACAGUUACUUUAUUUGAAGAGGGAUGUGAAAAAAUUAAAGGAAGAAAUUGGUUCUAAGGAUAUCACAAUUACUUCCAUGGAAAAGGAUAAAGAAAACAUUUUGAAACAAUACAACCACAAAAUAGAUGAGUUGCGUAGUCUGCAUGAAAAUGAAAUUGAAGAAGUAAAAUCUAUGCAUGAAGAAAAAGUCCAACAGGUGCAAAAUGACUCGGAAACACAAAUAGCACAAUGUAACUGUCUCAUUGAAGAGUUACGAGCCAAAAUGAAUGAUAUGGAAGUGGAACAUAAGGAAAAGAUGAACAUUCUGGUGCUGGAGUAUGAGGAGAAGGUCCAGCGCAGCGCCGCCCAGGUGGUCCACCUGCAGGAGCAGCUGGAACACCAGGCGAGCCGCACUGAUGCCAACAUCGACGCCUACAGACGGAAAUUGAAAGACCUAGAAGACAAACUCAAGCAGAGCCAAUUCAAGGAGUAUCUCGCCCAAAGCAGCUAUCCCUCGUAUGAGAAUAGAGUAGAGAGACCUUAUUCCGAAACCAGAGAGUACUCUGAACCGGAAACAAUAGUUCUCCAGAGUCCAAGUGAUAGAAAUAGACUCUAUGACAAACAGAAGAAAGCAACACCUAUGUAUAGAGAAAACAAACCUAAAGUAGACAAGAAAGGUCCAUUCAAUAUUACAAAGAAGAGAAAACUUUAUACUGAUAAAGAUUUUAUGAAUUAA